GAAAAUGCGAAUCCGUCUCUUCAUACCCAAGACGCCGAACGGUGAGCUGCAACACCAUCAACCACCACCGUCGCUGGAAACCUCGAGAUUUGAACUCGAACUCUUGCCGUUUUUUUCUAGCUCAUUUGAAGUAAGUCCAUCUUUCUCUCUCCAUAUCUGUAUCCUAUCUCUAUGCCUCUAUGGAUAUGAAACUAGGGGUGGGAUUUUCUUUGAAUUGAACUGCUAUAUACGUAUCUACACGUAUAUACAUGGGGCAUAAGAAGCGGAACGUUGCCACUCGCUCCAAAGCGGUGACAGCUGCUGUUAAUACUCCUCCAGCCCCGUCGUCGUUUCCAAUCGGUAACGACAGCAGCGAUGGUGUUGAGGCUAGUUCACUCUCUACGGAACAUAAUUUAGGUGUGCAUUCGUCGACUGUUCAAAUAGUACAACGAAAAACUGAUGUUCCUUUAGCGAUUGAAUCGGAUAGUUACUCUACUGUGAAAGUCGAGUGUGAGAAAGCCUUAACUGCGCUCAGACGGGGGAACCAUAAAAAAGCCCUACGCUUGAUGAAGGAGAUGUGUGGAAAACAUGAGAAUUCGAAUCAGUUGGCGCUGAUUCAUAGGGUGCAAGGAACCAUCUGUGUUAAGGUUGCUUCCAUUAUUGAUGAUCCCAAUGCAAAGCAGCGGCAUUUGAAGAAUGCAAUUGAUUCGGCUAAAAAGGCAGUGAUGUUGUCACCAAGUUCAAUUGAGUUUGCACAUUUUUAUGCAAAUUUGUUGUAUGAAUCAGCUAAUGAAGGGAAAGAUUAUGAAGAGGUGGUGCAAGAGUGUGAGCGUGCUUUGGCUGUUGAGAAUCCCGUAGAUCCAGGAAAGGAGAGUUUACAGGACGAGAGCCAGCAGAAGAUUUUGUCUGCUGAUGCAAGGAUUGGGCAUGUACAGAAUGAACUCCGGUCAUUGGUUCAGAAGUCCAACAUUGCUUCAAUUUCGUCUUGGAUGAAGAAUCUAGGAAAUGGGGAGGAAAAGUUUAGGCUCAUUCCUCUUAGGAGGGUUCCGGAUGACCCCAUGGAUGUAAGGUUAGUGCAAGCCAGAAGGCCAAAUGAAAUUAAGAAAGCAAAUAAGACAGACGAAGAACGUAAGAAAGAGAUUGAAGUAAAAGUGGCUGCAGCAAGGCUGUUGCAACAGAAGUUAGAGUCAUCUCAAUCCCAAACUGAUGGAGAUAAGAGUUCAGAACUUUCUUCUGGAUCUAGCCAGCGUGUGGGUGAACGGAGGAAGAGUGUGAAGGUGAAAAAGAAUGCAACAUCUGCUGAGAGAAAGGAUUGUGUUCAUCCUUUUUGGAAGUCCAUGAACUUGGAUUCAAAGAAAGACUUGUUCAAGAUUAGUGUAUCAGAUCUUAAGGCCCAUUUUAGAUCACUAAAAGAUGUAUCGGCUUAUGAAGUCAUUUCUGAAGCUUUGUCCUUCGGGGAAGCUAAUAAUAGUUGGAAAUUUUGGAUGUGCUGCAGAUGCAAUGAGAAAUUUCCAGAUCCUGAACUGCACAUGCAGCAUGUUAUAAGUGAGCACAUGGGUAGCUUAUUGCCCAAUUUGCAGGAAAUGUUGCCUCCAAGUGUAGACAAUGAGUGGACUGAAAUGCUUCUAACAUUCCCUUGGAAACCACUUGAUGUCAAUGCUGCGAUCAAUAUGGUCGAAAUGCAAUCAGGUUCAUUAGCUGCUAGCUUUGAUGAUAGACCAUAUUUCCAUCCUGACAGCUGGCCACUUGCUGAAGACAUUGAGCGGACAAAGCUAGUUGAAAAAAUCCAUUCAUCAUUCCAGUUGCUUAUUAAACAUAAAUACCUUGCAGCUAGUCAUCUUACUAAGGUUAUACAGUUUGCAGUGGAUGAGCUACAUUCUCGGCUUAUUAAUUGCAGUGUGGAUCAAUCACCCAUUUGCAUAUGCUUUCUAGGAGCACCCGAACUUAGGAAAGUGCUCAAAUUCUUGCAAGAGAUAUCUCAUUCUUGUGGACUAAGUAGGUAUUCAGAGAAAGGUAAUCUUGUGGAAGACUUGAAUAGGUCCACCCGUGUGAUUGAAAUGACUGAAAAGAUAGUAUUCAAUGAAGAUAGAUCAUGUCUCUUGUUAGAGCCGUGUCUUCUUACUAGUGUUGGCUCUGAAAAUGGGUUGGUAUAUGAUGAUGAUUCUUUAUUGUCAUGGAUAUUUUUGGGUCCAACAAGUGGGGAACAGUUGACAUUCUGGAUGCGGUCUAGAGAGGAGAGGGUGCAUCAAGGCAUGGAAACUCUACAGAUGCUUGAAAAGGAAUUUAAUCAUCUCCAUGCGUUAUGUGAAAGAAAGUUAGAGCAUACAAGCUAUGAAGAAGCUUUGCAGCAAGUGGAAGAUCUCUGUCUAGAGGAAGGUAAGAAAAGGGAAUACUCUACAGAAUCUACACGACAAAGUUAUGAAUUUGUUUUGAGGAAGCGACAUGAAGAGCUUAUGGUGAGUUGCGAUGAUGCCAUGCCACCUGUCAACAAAUUUGAGGUGGAUGCCUUGGCAAAUGUUUUAAAAGAAGCUGAAUCUUUGAAUGUUAACCAGUUUGGGUUUGUGAAUUCUCAUCUAUGUGACUUGGAAUCUGGUGAAUAUGACUAUCUGCAUCAAGUGGAUUCUUGUAUAGAAGUUGCAAUCCAGAAGCAGAAAGAACAGUUGUCGAUUGAGAUACAGCUCAGCAAAAUUGAUGCAAGAAUCAUGCGAACUGUAACUGGAAUGCAGCAGUUGGAAUCUAAGCUCAGUCCUGCAUCUGUCCAUGAUUUUGGACUCAUAGUUGUGCCUCUAGUAAAGUCUUUCUUGCGGGCGCUCCUAGAAGAUUUAGCAGAGAAAGAUGCCACAGAGAAGUCGGAUGCUGCAAGAGAAGCUUUUCUAGCAGAACUUGCUCUAGAUUCUAAAAAGGGGACUGGUAAUGAUAAGCUAAAAGAUAAAAGAAAGAACAGGGAUUAUAGAAAAAUAAAGGAUUCUAAGGCUAUAAACAAUAGUGAGCUACAUAUUUUAGCCCAUGAGAAUGCAGAAACUGUUGAUGAAAAUGAAGAUGCUUUUAACCAACUGAAAGAUGAAGCAAUGCGUAGAAAAAUCGAGCUUGAAGCCGAGGAAAGAAAGCUUGAAGAAACUUUGGAAUAUCAAAGACGGAUUGAGAAUGAGGCAAAACAAAAGCAUCUUGCAGAGCAACUUAAAAAUAAUCAUGCAGACAAUGAGUUAAGAUCUUCAAGGCAGGAACCACUGAAACAGAAUAAUGAAGGGAUUGCAGAAGAUGCGGUUUUGCUUUUCGAUCAGAAAACAGGAAGAAAAAGUAGGCGCCAAAAAAAUGCCACCAAAUUAAUUGAUGGGAAGCAGCAACCUGUGUUGUUGGAGAAGGAAAAUGUUGAAGUUGGACAAAUUCUGCUCAUAAAGGGUGUUGAAGAUGAUAACAAUAGUUCUUAUUCAGGAGAAACUGGAACAAAGACAUUGAGGCAGUUGCAAGCAGAAGAGGAUGAUGAAGAAAGAUUCCAAGCUGAUCUUUUAAAAGCUGUACGCCAAAGCCUUGAAGGGGAAGUCUCUCGUGUAACAUCUAUAGAAGUCUUCUCUGACAAGGCAAAGGCAAAUGCAAGCGAUGUAUAUGGUACAGGCCUGAAGAAUGAAGCUGGUGAAUACAACUGCUUUUUAAAUGUCAUUAUUCAGUCGUUAUGGCAUUUGAGAAGGUUCAGGGAAGAGUUUUUGAGAAGGUCCACAUCAGCUCAUCGCCAUGUUGGCGAUCCAUGUGUGACUUGUGCUUUGUACGAAAUUUUUAUUGCUUUGAAUACGGCUUCAAUGGAGACAAGAGGUGAAUCUGUUGCUCCUACUUCUCUGAGGAUUGCUCUGAGCAAUUUGUAUCCAGACAGUAGUUUCUUUCAGGAGGCUCAAAUGAACGAUGCUUCUGAAGUAUUGGGAGUGAUAUUUCAUUGCCUUCACGAGUCAUUUAUAUCUGCUGAUUCUGAUUCUGAUAUGAAACAAGUGGAAAGCAAUGGCAAUGUGGCAGGUGGUUGGGAAUGUGCAAAUAGUGGGUGUACAGCACAUUCUCUUUUUGGAAUGGACAUUUUUGAACAGAUGAAUUGCUACAAUUGUGGGUUGGAAUCUAGACGUAUGAAAUACACUACUUUCUUUCACCAAAUCAAUGCCAAUGCCCUCAGGACUAUGAAGGUUAUGUGUCCAGAGAGCUCAUUUGAUGAGCUGUUAAACCUUGUUGAGAUGAAUCAUCAGUUAGCUUGUGAUCCUGAGGAUGCUGGAUGUGGGAAGCUUAACUAUAUUCAUCAUAUUCUUUCUACUCCACCUCAUGUUUUCACUACAGUGCUUGGAUGGCAGAAUACUUGUGAAAGUGUUGAAGACAUAAAGGCCACAUUGGCAACCCUAGCUACUGAAAUUGAUAUCAGUGUUCUUUAUCGUGGCCUUGAUCCCAUGAACAGGCAUUGUCUAGUUUCAGUGGUGUGUUAUUACGGGCAGCACUACCAUUGCUUUGCCUACAGUCAUGAUCAUCAACAGUGGAUGAUGUAUGAUGACAACACAGUCAAGGUGAUUGGAAGGUGGGAAGAUGUCCUUACAAUGUGUGAAAAAGGACAUCUGCAACCCCAGGUUCUUUUCUAUGAAGCUGUACACUAAAUAGCAAACCAUUCAGACAUUAUUACAUUUUUUGAUGGUGAUAGACGGAUAUGUGGAGUUACACAAACACAAUCAAUGUAUGUGCAUUUUAGCAAACCAACGGAUACAUACAUAAAAACAUGACAAGAAAGAGAGAUGAUGUUAUAUGUAUUAGUAUAAAGAAAUUUUGUAGGAGAAAUUGAAAUUGGCCUUCCCAGCAAAGUUUUGAUCUGGAAUUUGGAAAACAAGAAGAUGUAAAUUGUUGUCAGAUGGAUCAAAUUCAAUGUAAGUGGCUAAGCAAUAGUUAUGAAUGUGCCAUAGACUCUACUUUUUACAAUUUUGAAAGAGCUACUGUAUAGAUCGAUCAUACUUUUGGUAAGAUGAUGAAAACUCGGGUUUUGGGUUACCCAAGAUGUAUGACAUUUCAACUCUUGUACUAUUGGACUU